GGCAAGUUCAUAGAAUUUAACAAAGAGAUUGUAACAAAUUGAAUUUUAUAUUUUCUUUAGGAAUUUGUUCAGAAGACAAAACUGGAUUAUCCUUGUGAAAGAGAAGAUUCAAUGAUGGAGACUGCCCAUGUUAAACAGGAGAGUCCUGUACUAGAAUCAGUCCAUAUUAAGGAGGAGAGUCCUGCACUAGAAUCAGUCCAUAUUAAAGAGGAGAGUCCUGCACUAGAAUCAGUCCAUAUUAAAGAGGAGAGUCCUGCAAUAGAAUCAGUUCAUAUUAAAGAGGAGAGUCCUGCACUAGAAUCAGUCCAUAUUAAAGAGGAGAGUCCUGUGCUAGAAUCAGUCCAUAUUAAACAGGAGAGUCCUGUACUAGAAUCAGUCCAUAUUAAAGAGGAGAGUCCUGAACUAGAAUCAGUCCAUAUUAAAGAGGAGAGUCCUGUGCUAGAAUCAGUCCAUAUUAAAGAGGAGAGUCCUGAACUAGAAUCAGUCCAUAUUAAAGAGGAGAGUCCUGUACUAGAAUCAGUCCAUAUUAAAGAGGAGAGUCCUGUACUAGAAUCAGUCCAUAUUAAAGAGGAGAGUCCUGCACUAGAAUCAGUCCAUAUGAAAGAGGAGAGUCCUGUACUAGAAUCAGUCCAUAUUAAAAGGGUUAUUCUCAAUUAUAAACCCUUAAGCAGCUUGCAGGGCUCUCUUAUCUGUGGUGACUGUGGGAAGAGGUUCAGUCUGUCAAGCGCUUUGAAAAGACACCAGAAAACCCACACAAGAGAGAAGCCACAUCACUGUAAUGACUGUGGGAAGAGUUUCAGACAGUCACAAAGCCUGAAACGUCACCAACAAAUCCACACUGGAGAGAAACCACAUGUCUGUGCUGACUGUGGAAAGAGUUUCAUACUGUCACAAAAUCUGAAACUUCACCAACAAAUCCACAGUGGCUAUAAACCACAUGUCUGUGCUGACUGUGGGAAGAGUUUCAGUCAGUCAAGCGUUUUGAAAAGACACCAGCAAAUCCACACAGGAGAGAAACCAUAUGUCUGUGCUGACUGUGGGAAGAGUUUCAAUCAGUCAGGCUAUUUGAAAAUACACCAACGAAUCCACACUGGAGAAAAUCAAUAUGUCUGUGCUGACUGUGGGAAGAGUUUCAGUGGGUCAGGCACAUUGCAAAGACACCAGCGAAUCCACACAGUAGACAAACCAUAUGUCUGUACUGACUGUGGGAAGAGUUUCAAUCAGUCAGGCUAUUUGACAAGACACCGGCGAACCCACAAAGGAGAGAAACCAUAUGUCUGUGCUGAGUGUGGUAAAAGUUUCACUCAGUUACACACCCUGAAACUUCACCAGCGAAUCCACACAGGAGAGAAACCACAUGUCUGUGCUGACUGUGGGAAGACUUUCAGACAGUCAAGCAAAUUGAAAAGACACCAGCGAACCCACACUGGAGAGAAACAACAUGUCUGUGCUGAUUGUGGGAAGAGUUUCAGGAUGUUACAAACCCUGAAAAUUCACCAGCGAAUCCACACAGGAGAGGAACCACAUCACUGUAAUGACUGUGGGAAGAGUUUCAGAUGGAUGUACAGCUUGACAAUGCACCAGCGAUUCCACACAGGAGUGAAUCCUUAUCACUGCUCUCACUGUGGGAAGUCUUUUAAUGCUUCCAGUUCUCUUGAAAGACACAAAUGCAAGCUGUGAAAGUUUAGUCAGAAUGUGAGUGUGUGUUCAUUCACCCACACUCAGAAAUUCCAGUCUUUUUCAACAGCAGCUUAAUAUAAAAACUGUGAGAACUCUGGUGAAUGUCUACGGAUGAUACAGAUUUAUCAAUAUUAAACACAGUGCUCUGAAGCCGUUACAUUAUAAAGUACAUUCUUAGUUUGCAAUCCAUUGAAUAUACAGACGCCUCGGAGCGUUGUGUGAUACGAGGCGAAGCUGAGUGCCUCCAACCCCUGAGAAGUCUGUAUAUUCAACGUAUACGCUGUGGGAGAAAUUCAUAGUUGUAAUUGAAUGUACUUUAUAAAAUGACAUUUCAAAUCUUAAACUAUGAGGCUUAAGAUGCUGUGAUGCUAAUUAAGUGUGUCUUCCCCCAACCUUCUCCCAUAACACUCGAGAUCUGCUUCAAAGGACUGGAUAUUAGUAACAGAGGGUCGUAAAUAUUUAAAUUGGUUUCAGUUCAGAUUACCUGCCAGUCUGGUCUAAACAAAGAGAGCUGAACCUUAUCUGUUAAUUAAGAAAGUCUGUCUGAAAGCCAAUAUACAACUUUCUUCCUAUAAAGGGUUAAGAAGUGCGACACCUGGUGGAUACGAGGUGCCAUGACUUUGAAUAUUAUAUGAAUUGUUACCAUGAAACAUAGAAUGUUUAAGUGAAUAGAAAUUCCUAAUUUCCUAAUUUCCUUAUUCUAAAAGUUAAUUGAUAAACAAACCUUCACGAGGGUGUAAUAUUAACUUGUGUAACAAUCUCAGGGUUUUAGAUUUACUGAAACUGUCAGAUUGAAACGUAACAAAUAAGUACAAACCUCAGUGAUUUAAAUGAGUGUUAGAAUCAUUUUAAUAACAAUUCUUAUGGUUUCCCAAUAUAUUGGAAUGUUGAUUGUGUUUUAAUUAAGUUUAAAUUGAAAGUAAUUCGUACAUUAUUUUACUUUAAUUAUUGUAUAACAUGUUUAACAUUUUUAUCCUUCUGUGAUCAAUUUAACUAGCUGUCACAAAAUGAAGUUUUGUUCUAUACUUGUUUCGAAUCCUGUUAUCUCUGUCUCUCUCCAUGGAGGAGGGUCGCUCCCUGUUUUAAUGACGCACAUUGCUUGUGUAAAAGGAAGUGUCAUUCAAACUUUGUAAGCCAAUGAAAGGACUGAUUUCGGUCAGGGAUUAGCUUCCUGUUUUACCCGGAAGUGAUUGGAUCACCAAAGUAAACUCCUGUUUGGGCUCUAUAUUUAAAUCAAAACAUGCAUGAGCUCGUUCUCUUGGAUUCAGACUCAUCUCGCCAUGAAGUAACCAUUGAGCCUUCGCUUGCAAUGGGGACUCAUUCAAGCAUCGUACGUAUCUUCGUCCUGAAGAAGACUGCUCGCCGCUACACCCUUUGUUUUUCAACAAGAACCACAUCUCCAGAAUAAGUACUACAUUUGAAAGACAUUAAGAUUCAGUAAAAUACUGUGUGUAGAAAAAUCUACAUGCAAACCAGAAGUAAAAACAUUGAAUACAGAAUAACACUUUGUGAGAUUAAAAACACAAGCGAUUCUACUCUGAACAAUUGAAAUAUAAGACUUUAACUGAACUGAUGCUAUUGUCUGUAUUUGAAAACAAUGUGAAUGUCUGAACCAUUUAAACAUUGAUUGAGUUCAUCUACAAGUUCUGAAGUAACUCUAUAUUACAACUUCAUACUAAAUGCAAUUGAAGCUGCUUCCCAACUGAACUUGUUGAAACAAAAAUGCUGCCUUCAUUCGAACCCAUACAACAGACGCUGCUUCACCCCGUCACUGUGUGUAAUGUGCGUGAAUACUGCGUGUGUGUGUACGGAAACACGGAAGACAGCGUGCGCAUGAAAAUCUGUGUUUCAGUGUUUGAUUCCUGCUAUACUUAUAAUUCUGAUACCUUGAUUUCUAACUUCUAUAUUCUUAUUAAUUUUGUGGGUCUUAAUAAAUGUAAUCAUUUUUAUGUGUUGAGUUUCUUUUUGCCUGUUAUGAGAACUACUUCUUGGUGUCUGUGUUAGUUUACUACAAUCUGAAAAGAGUUUAGAAUACAAUAAAGCCAGUAAUUUAAGCAAUGUUCUGCCUGUCUGGAACUAGAAUGGGGAAUGUAAACUAACUGGAAAGUCAUCUGUCUAGUUUCUGAUGAACUAGUUCUGCACAGAAAGCUGAACUCUGGUAGAAUGUAGCAAACAUUCACUCAGGAAUAAUAGUUUCUGUAGAAGCUCUUAUCCAACUGUAGAGUCAGUGGU